AUGUCACCUGAAGACGUCCGAACCCUCUGCGAUCUCGCCGGCCGGUACGGCUCCGGAAGCUUGGAAACCACCCUCCGGAACAUCAGCGGCAGCAACUACACAUCCCUUCGACCUCCGCCCCCGCCUCAGCAACACCACCGAAAUCCUCAUCACAUGGACGCCCCGGCGAGGAACUCGGCCCUCUCCACGUCCACUUUUGGCAGCAAUAACAGCGCGCCCUCCCUCACAACCAGCGCCGGUCCCUGGAGCAGCUCCGACGCGUCCUUUUGCGGUUCCGACGCCGCCUCCCUGUCGGGAAGCUACUUCAACCAGCAGCCCGGCGCCGACGCCUCCUGGGCCGACGCCGUGGACGCUCCGUUCCUGAUGUCGCCCUCGGUGACACCGUCCCUCUCCGGCUCCGAGUGGCAGGAUCACCACAUUGGCGAACACCACCUCUCCUCGACCCCGUCACAUGAGAAAAAGGCCGCGGCGGCCAGCUUAAAGUCCCCGUCCUCCGGCGCCGUCGUAGGCCGCAAGCCCAUCGAGUGCCCCAUGUGCGCCGUCCACGACGUCUACGUCGGCUUCGGCAGGAAGAGCGACUUCAAGAAGCAUCUGCAAAACUUCCACAACACCGACUGCAUUUGGGUCUGCCCGCAAGAGAACUGCCGCAUGAUCUUUGACUUUGAAAAGGCCUACGUCGCCCACGUCAAGCUGGACCACAACCACGGCGAGGCGUGCCCCCCUGCAGCGGCGGCGGCAGCAGCAGAACAGGUGAGGGUGAGCCUCUGCGCCCAAGUCGUCUUCGCCUGCGGCUUCAUCGGCUGCAAGGAGGUCCUCGAGGCCUCGGACGACAGCGAGGCCCCCAAGACGGCAGACGCCUACUUUGAUCACCUCGCCAGCCACUUUGACAAGCGCAGCGGCAGCGGAAGCAACAGCAACAGCAACAGCAACAGCAACAAGAACAACAGCAGGGUCGCGUCCGAGUGGACCUACUACCACCAGAUGCAAAACCUCCUGCGCCAGCGCUCCCUCAAGGACGAGUGGAAGCACACCCUCUGGGACAAGGCCGCCCGCAACCAGCUCCGCUGGCAGCCCCGCUCCUCGGGCGACCUCAAGAAGCUCCUCGAGUGCCGCCACCUCGCCGACGUGCCCCGCAUCCUCCACGCCGCCUGGACGCUGGGACAGACCUGCUUCUCCUCCCCCGAGCACCCGGCCCCCGAGUUCCCAGGCGAAGCCACCCGGCCCGUCCGGGCCCGCUGCCCGCUCGCGGGCCAAGGGAGGAACCACGGUGAGCUCCGCGACGUCGUCUCGGGGCGCCACCAGCAGCAAAAUGACGGAUCCGCGUCGACGACGACGACGACAACGACGAGCAGCAUGACCAUGUUCGCCCUCCGCCGCGGCCUCUUCCCCGUCAACAAGCUCGCCACCGUCUCGCACCCGCCGCCGCGCUCGAUCCCCGAAGAGCCGGAUUCCCUCGCGUACCCGCACCCGGGCACCCCGCUCGUCAUCCCCGAGCGCGACGCCUGGUCAACGGAUGUCGUCCUGGGACCCCCCGAGGACGAGCAGCUCUAUGACCCCGUGUUCAUGCCGGGCGGUGGUGGUGGCGGCGGUGGCGGUGCCACGACGAACAUGAUGCAGAACCCAAUUUACCCCUGGAUCGACGCCACACAACAGCAUGAGCAGCAACAGCAGCAGCGACGCUCGUUUGGCGACUUUGCGCGUCAUCUCACGCCCUCGCCGCAACCUACCGAAGACCAGGAAAGCAGCCUUGGCCCGUUGCUCCGGGUACCCAGGCCCACCGCCGCCGCCGCCGCCGCCUCGAAACGUCCUCGCUCGUGGGGCAUGAGGAGCCUCGAGAACCUGCGCCUCAAGCGUCGCGGGCGCUCGUCGCCCGGCACGUCACCCGUCGAGGAGAAGGCGCCCUUGCCCGGUUGGAUCUGA